UGUGGUUUUCCUGCCUCAAGUUUUAUCAUCUUUCUCUGGUCUGAUUGCCCUUACCAAAAAGCAAGAGAGAUAUGGAAGCAGCAGCAUGUCUGACUCUCAUAGUGACACUUGUUCUGAUAUGCGCAUGGAAGAUUCUGAACUGGUUAUGGUUCAAACCAAAGAGACUUGAAAAGCUGCUAAGAGAGCAAGGCUUUCAAGGCAAUCCAUACAGGCUUUUGGUUGGAGAUAGCAAGGACUUGCUCAAAACCAGAAACAAAGCCUUAUCCAAACCUAUGAAUCUCUCUGAUAACAUAAUUCCACGUGUCACUUCCUACACCCAUCAUACUAUCAACAAACAUGGUAAGAAGUCUUUUAUCUGGUUAGGACCAACUCCAAGGGUGACCAUCUUAGAUCCUGGGCAAAUCAAAGAUGUACUUAACAAUAUGUCUGACUUCCCAAAGCCUAACACAAAUCCACUUAUCAAGUUACUAGCAACCGGCCUUGCCGACCAUGAUGGAGAAAAGUGGACCAAGCACAGAAGGUUAAUCAACCCUGCUUUCAAUUUAGAAAAACUAAAGACUAUGUUACCAUUAUUCUUCGAAAGUUGCAAUGAUCUGGUUAGCAAAUGGGAAGGAAUGUUGUCUUCAGAGGGAUCAUGUGAAAUAGAUGCAUGGCCUUUCCUUCAGAAUCUGGCUAGUGAUGUUAUCGCUCGCUCAGCAUUUGGAAGUAGCUUUGAAGAAGGAAGAAGAAUAUUUCAACUUCAAAGAGAGCAAGCUAAACUUGCAAUGCAACUUAUAUUCAAAAUUCAAAUCCCUGGAUGGAGGUUUUUGCCUACUAAAAGCCAUAGGAGAAUGAAGGAAAUUGACAGAGAUAUAAAAGCUUCGCUCAAGGAUAUGAUUUACAAGAGGGAGAAAGCACUAAAGGCGGGUGAAUCCACUAAUAAUGACCUGUUAGGUAUACUUUUGGAGUCCAAUCACAAGGAGAUUCGAGAACAUGGAAACGGAGAUAAUAAGAAUGUUGGAAUGAGUCUUGAAGACGUAAUCCAGGAAUGCAAGCUAUUUUACUUUGCAGGGCAAGAAACCACUUCAGUUUUGCUGGUUUGGACAAUGGUGUUAUUGAGUAGGUACCCUACUUGGCAAGAACGUGCAAGGGAGGAAGUCUUGCAAGUCUUUGGCAAUGAAACGCCAGGUUUUGAUGGUUUAAAUCGCCUAAAGAUUGUCACUAUGAUUUUGAAUGAGGUUCUUAGAUUAUACCCACCAGCACUUGGAUUGGGUCGAGUUGUUAAAAGAGAUCUGAAACUUGGAAAGGUAACAUUACCUGCUGGAGUGCAUGUUUUCCUCCCAACAGUUUUGGUUCACCAUGACAGUGAAUUUUGGGGUGAAGAUGCUAAGCAGUUCAAUCCUGAGAGAUUUUCUGAGGGAGUUCUGAAAGCAACAAAUGGUAGAGUUUCAUUCUUUCCAUUUGGAGGGGGUCCUAGAAUAUGCAUUGGACAAAAUUUCUCCUUACUGGAAGCAAAGAUGGCUUUGUCAAUGAUUUUACAGCAUUUCUCAUUUGAACUUUCUCCAGCAUAUACUCAUGCUCCAACUAUGUCAAUCACCCUUCAGCCACAGUAUGGUGCUCAUAUCAUUCUCCACAAAGUGAAAAUAUGAAAAUAAAACACAUUAAAAGCUAAUAGUGUCUGAUAACAAAAUCACUUCUUAGAUAUUGUCCUAUGUUUAAUUAGUACUUUCAUUUACA